GCCUUGAGAGCAUGAUUGAUUGAGAGGGAAGCAAUAUUUGGAUUCAUUAAUCACACGGAUCUAAAACUAGACAAAGAUGUGUGUGCCGCUAUACCCGAAGAUGGGAUGUGGAGAACUUUCAGAGAACGAUUGUCUUGGGAUUUUGCUUGCGACGAGAUCGUGUGCUCAGUCGAGGACUUAAAGGAGAUGAAGAGAGAGGAAAGAGAGACGUUCGUGACAUUUGCAAGACGUUUUGAGAAGGCGUCUGAACUCUUGAUGGAAAGAGGGUUUAUCAGUGAGUUAGACCGAUGUGCUAUUUUUAUAGGAACUCUACCCAUCGAGAAACGAAAGUUUGUUAUGAGGAACAUGUCCACUAAAAGGUUGUCGUUCGCUCAGAUAAAGGCAUUGGCUUUGCAGACUGAGGGACCAGAUGUCAUAUCUUAUAUACUUGAUUUAUUGGAGAAAUUGGGGAAAGGAGUGUCUAGAAAUCAUUUAGAAAAACAAUUCGGUGAUGAGGGUGGAAGAGAGUUCAGGUCACCUAACAAAAGUAAAGAAGGUAGAGAUAGUGUAGAAUGGAAAGAAGAAAACCGCGGUGACUGGAAGAAGAAUGGCGGUAAGUGGGGAGACGCUCGAGAUCGGUGUUGGAGAUGUGGAGGAGAAGAGGAAGAUCGAAGAAGACUAAAUGAGAAAGAACGGGAGGCGCUAGAGGAGAUUAAGGCCUUAAGGGUUGAACUAGAAAGGAUGGAGAGAAUGAAUAAUGUUUCACCUCGAAGGAGCGCGGAAUCGUUGAAGAUUCUUUUACAACAAGAGUCUAAGGACAGACGACAAAAAGGUCCUGAGAAAACCGUCGAGCUGAAUGAGUGGAGAAAGAUCAAAUGUGCUGAUGAUGAGAAAGAUAUAUCAUGCAGACCUUCUACGAAGAUGAAUACUGACAUUACAACAGAAACAACGCAGGAGGUGAUUCAGGAAAUUCAGGGAGAAAUUUGGGUGUCGAGUAUCAGGUUUGAGGAGAACCGGUAUGCAAAUGAAAAUGAGGAGGAAGAUAUACUCUAUCGAACUUCUACGGAGAUCAAUAUUGGCAUUAAAACGAGAACAACAGAAGAGGCAGGACAAGGAGAAUUCUGGGUAUCGAGUGUUCGGUUUGAGGAGGAUCUAGAUGCAAAUGAUAAUUUGACGAUUGGGGUUUCAAGCGUUCAAUUCGAGUGUAGUAAAGAAGAUCCCUAUACAACUUCAAUGUGUGCUAAGGAAGUGGGUGGACAAUCGAGUAAAGAUAGGACCGAUGAUACUAGCCUUGACAUUGAUGUCGCACCGAAGAGUGAAGAACCGAUGGCUAUUUCGAAGACAUUGGUAGAUCGAACUAUGACGAUGAGAAUGACAACGAUAGAUGAAGAACGCGAAGCCUUGAAAGAUACUAAAGAUACCCAAGACAAGUUGAUAGAGGAUCAAGAUGAGAAAUGUUUCCUCAACGGUAUUGUAGGCGCCGAAAUUUCGCAAAUAUUUGAAGUCAUGUAUGAGUCGGGUGACAACUACGAGUUUGCUCAAAUGUUUGAGACCGUUGAGCCGGAUGUCGACUAUGAGCUUGCUUAACUGUCUGAGACCGUCGAGUCGGACGUCAGCUAUGAACUU